AUGACGUCAGGCGGUGAGACGACCGGUGAGAGGCCAGAAGAUCACGGGUUACGCAGUACGUCAUUGGAAACGGAUCUGCCGAACAAACGCACGACACGUCAUGGAGAUUGUUUCUUACUAUGCACGUAUAAUGCCAGAACACUCUCCCCAGACGCCGAUCUUCACGCCCUUCUUGUAGGCGCAGAUCGCCUUAUAUUCCAUGUGAUCGCAUUACAAGAAACAAAAAUUAAGAAAACCAACAUACGCCAACUAAACAACGGGACCCUUGUGAUCCGUGGAGAAAAGGUCCCGUCACGAAAUGUCGGUGGCGUAGGUUUUGUCAUCCACCCGUCCAUUGUCCAUCUCAUCGAUUCAUACGUGACCCUUUCCCCUCGCAUAGCCGUCCUUCGUCUACAACUAUCGCAUCAUAAGAAGAUCACUAUCAUCAACUGCUACUCACCGACCGACACAGCUGAUAAGUACGAAUUAAAUGCGUUCUACUACCAGUUGGAGGAAGUCGUCCGCAAUAAAAAGCAUAUUAUGAAUUUGUUGUCGGACACUUCAAUGCCAGAAUAG